CCAAAUCCUCCUUCCUCCCCUGUUCCUAGAAAGAGCCAAGCGAAGCAGGAGAGCACCUCACCCUACCCCCGCGGACGCAGUCAACGCGGGAGGCGCCGCAGCUUCUCCUCCCGCCCGUCGCCGUCGGCGCCGGCGCGUACCGGGUCCGCGGGCCUCUCGCGAAGGGACCCAAUAAGAUAAGCCUCCCCCUCCUCCCCCGUCCACCUAUAAUAAACCAGCAAACAAGGCAAGCGGCAGCAGGACUCGCGAGGAACAGCGCCCGCCCAAUCCGCCGACCCCCAAUCUGGCCGCCGCCGCCGGCCGGCCCGACACGCUGGGAUCUUUCUUUCCUUAGCUGAUCGGUCAACGCCGCGGAUUUUAUUCUUCUUCUUUCCCUUCCUUCCUUCCAUCCUCCCUUCCAUCCUCCCUUCCUCCCCCCGGGGCUCUGGAGGUUUCCGUAAACCCGUCGUUCGUCGCCGCGGCGCCGCCCCUCCCCCUUCUUUCUUGCAGAGGUAUUGACGAGCAGUCGUUCCAUUGCGACGGCCCUUGGAUUGCCUGCUUCGGAUUUUUUAGGGCAUUUGGAUUGCACAUCAGUUUGCUGCCUUUGAGCAUUUGGUGUCUGGUUAGUUGGGACUCGAGGAGUUCUGCUUAAGGAACUCCUCUGUGAAGGUUUGCUUGGAUUAUGGGAGCUUUCUGUUCAUGCCUGCAACCUGAUUAUUCUGACCACCAUGGGAACCACACGUCCUCAGCGUUUAGGAACUGCAUGUGCCUCAGAUGUUUUACUCAGCAGCUCAUCAAUGCGUACACUGUUUUGUUCCGAGCUGGAUCAGUGCACUCUGUUUCUCAGGCUAUAGAAGCCACCCCUGUGGAUUCAACUGAGAGUUCCUUUGAUACAUAUCGUUCUCCCCCAAGACCGCUGCCCUAUGACGAUCCACGAUUUUCCCCUCCUGCUCGUGACUGGUUAAGACAUGAGACUCCAAGCCAUUCCCCAGAGGAAUCAGAACCACUUAGAGCAAAUGGUGAUGAUGAGGACAUGGAGACACCAAGUAGAAUUGACAAGGCAAGUAAAACAAACUAUGACACAAAAAUGAAGAUAUGCAGCUCUGCCUAUGGAGAUAAGGUGCCACCAAAGGAACAUGGAAAUUACUUCAGCUACUUUUUCCCAUCUGCUGAAGAUGAAGAUGUCUGCCCAACAUGUCUUGAAGAUUAUACAUCUGAGAACCCCAGGAUACUGACGCAGUGCUCACACCAUUUCCACCUUGGCUGUAUUUAUGAGUGGAUGGAAAGAAGUGAGGCAUGCCCUGUCUGUGGAAAGAAAAUGGAAUUUGACGAGACAACUUAAUCAUCUGUCUGGACUCUACAUCUUGGAUUAACAACCUCAUAUGGUACUCUGAAAAGACAGGUGAUCUAGCUCCAGGAAGUUCUCUGUAAAUACACCCUGUAAAUAGUGAAUCGGUAAUGCGCUCUUCGCCAUACAGUGUUCGAAAUGCUGGAUCAGUGCACAUAAACAUUCUUUUUUAUUUCUUCCAAAUAGUCAGCAGGUGAAGGUUUCCCCUUUUCCUGUCUGCGCCCCUGCCUGGACAGGGCUUAGAGGCGCUGUGAUUGUCGGUGAUAGUAUCAUCGGAAAGAUGUAAAUUAGCGACAUGUUUUCAUAUAAUCAUAUGAAGCCCCACGCAUGGUUCUGGUGGUUCCAGGGUUUUUAAGGCGUCGCCUAGGCGACAAGGCGGUUCCCCAUCGCCUUGCUUAAGGCUCGCCUUAGCCCGGCUAGGCAUUGCCUAGGCGACUGAGCGGCUCCCCAUCACCUCGCCUCGCCUUACCGCUUUAAGAACCUUGGGUGGUUCUUGCAAUAACUAUUUGGCUUCAGAUAAUGACACGCUGACAUUGUAGUGGUGUCAUUGGAUUGAAUUUCUGAGGUGUUUGAUUAAUUGUUUCUGUCGUGUAGCUGAUUGCAAUCCAUGGUGUGGCAUUGUCGUGGUCAUUGGAUCGAAUUUCUGAAGUGGUUAUUGCUAGUUGUAAUCCAUGGUGACAUAUCAAGAGUGAUGGUACUUUGAUACUCUUUGGA